GGACUUUAGAAAGAUUUUUGAGAAAGAACAAAUUGUGGCGCAGAAAGAACAAGACAGACCCAACAGAGGUAGCAGCUUUCAUUGAAGCGCAGUUACAGACUUCUGGCCAGUGCCAUGGGUAUCGGUGGAUGCACCAGAAGUGUUGGAUGAACGGCAUUGUGACAGACAGGGAAACGGUACGCAUCCUUAUGCGAUUGCUGGACAGCGACGGAGUGGAAUUGAGAUCCAGACACCGAUUGCGCCGCAGAGUAUAUCACAGCAAGGGACCGAACUACGUCUGGCACAUUGACGGCUAUGAUAAGCUGAAGCCUUUUGGUAUUGCAAUCAGUGGAUGCAUAGAUGGUUUUUCAAGACGAGUCAUCUGGCUGGAGGCCUACAAAACUAAUAACGAUCCAAACGUAAUUGCCGGGUAUUUUAUGGACGCUGUAGUUAGGACUGAAGGCUGCCCUGAAAGAGUAAGGUUAGAUAUGGGCACGGAAAAUGUUCGACUGGCUGAAAUGCAAAAGUUUCUGCACUUCUCAGAUGGUCAGGUUACCGACCAUGUUACGGUUGGUCCAAGCACUGGUAACCAGCGCAUUGAAAGGUGGUGGUUAACUCUGCGCAGCCAGUGUGCGCAAUUUUGGAUGGACAUCUUUGACCAACUACGCUGCGAUGGUCACUUUGCUGACACCUUCUUGGACAAAUCACUGGUUCGGUUUUGUUUUCUUUCCACAAUUCAGGAAGAACUGGAUGAGGUCGCAUCAACAUGGAAUGAGCACAGGAUACGCAGAGUACAUGACUCAAGAAGUCCUCAUGGUCGUCCAGCAAUCAUACAUGCAGUGCCAGAGCUCUACGGUGCCACGGACUACAAGUAUCGCCCUGGUCUGGAUAAGAUUGAGGCCUGUUUGACAGAAUGUGUUUUCAAGGACUUCCCAUGUGAUGAGGAUGUGUUCCAUAUUUGUGUGGAUCUGAUGUCAGAGCAUAAUUUGUCAUUGACAAAUGAUGUAUUUGAAACAGUCAAUCUGUACAUCACACUCAGACAGCUGAUCAACAAUGAUCUAGAUGUAAAUGACUAACUUUAUUGCAUCUGGGUCCAUGCAGUUCUUCAGGGGUGUUUUUUUUUGCUUUGCCCAUUGCCCAUCAAACCAAUUGAAACAUAAUUGCUAUACAGUUAAACUUUAAUUCCCAUUUAUUCAGAAAGUAAUAGAAUUUGUAAUAAAAUGCAUGUU